AUGCCUCCGCUCUGGGCGCUGCUGGCGCUCGGCUGCCUGCGGAGUGGCUCCACUGUCGACCUUCAGCCCCAGCUGGCCAGCAUCACCUUCGCCACCAACAACCCCACACUCACCACCGUGGCCCUGGAAAAGCCCCUCUGCGUGUUUGACAGCACAGAGCCGCUCACGGGUACCUACAAGGUCUACCUCUACGUCACGGUAGACUCGGUCGGCUCCAGGAACACUUCCGUGCAGGACAGCGGCAAGAGCCCCCUGACAUCCACGUUCCGGCAAACUGUGGGCGGGAGGACAAGUCCCUACAGAGCUGCCGCCUUCGACCUGACCCCUUGCAGUGACCUGCCCAGCCUGGACACGGUCAAGGACGUAAACCAGGCCUCAGAGAUCCUGGAUGCAUACCUGGUCAGAGUGGGGGACAACGGGGCCUGCCUGUGGGACCCCAACUUCCGGGGCAUCUGCAACCCACCGCUGUCAGCUGCCACGGCGUACAGGUUCAAGUAUGCCCUGGUCAAUGUGUCCUCUGGCCUGGUACAGGACGAGAGCCUGUGGUCGGACCACAUCCGCACCAACCAGCUCACCCCCUAUGCGGCCAUCGACACGUGGCCCGGCAGGCGCAGCGGGGGCAUGAUCGUCAUCACCUCCGUCCUGGGCUCCCUGCCCUUCUUCUUGCUCGUGGGCUUCGCUGGCGCCAUCGUCCUCAGCUUCGUGGACAGGGGCAGCUCUGAUGGGGAGAUGACCCACGACUCCCAGAUCACACAGGAAGCUAUCCCCAAGCCCCUGGGGACCUCAGAGCCGUCCUAGACGUCUGUGAACCGCUGGCCACCCCUGGACUGGGCGGAAGUAUUCUCCAGCGAGCUGCAGGACUGAGCUGGGCAGGCCAGGACUCCUCUCUCCUCCUCCCCUCCUUGGAAGCUGGUGUGGGUUGGAAGCAGGGCGGGUUGGUCCAGCUGAGGGGAAACCUAAAGGGCCCCCCAAGAUGUGGAGUCCAGAAACGGUGCACAGAAUAAAUGGGUAGGUGAAGGAGGAGCGAGUCAUGUCCUACUGAGGGCUUGGACUACGUCCUUACUCAUCAAAACUGCACUGGUAGCUGGGCGUGGUGG